AUGGACAGCAAUUAUCCAGAACCUCACUCGCACGUGUCAAGAGAGGCCCAGCGCGCUCAUGAAGGACCCUUGGGUAGCCGACAGUAUCUCGGCUUAGGAUCUAAGCCUGUCGGCAAUACCCAAGUUCCAGAGGAACCGCAGCCGGACAUCAAGCGACCACGAGCUUGUGAACCUUGUCGUCAACUCAAAGUCCGUUGUGAUGCAGACCUUGACCACCCUCGUGGCUCUUGCAAGCGAUGUGCCAAAUCAGGGCGUACGUGCGUGGUUACUGCGCCGUCGCGCAAGCGGCAGAAGAAGACGGACACACGUGUGACAGAGCUCGAGCGUAAGAUAGAUGCUCUGACGGCUACUUUGCAAGCGUCGCAUCGUACAGCCCUGGACAAAGAUAUGCCGUCUGCUCAAGCCGGAGAUUUGAGAUUUCUAGAGCAGUCAUCCAGUCGACGCUGGCUAAAGGAUGAUCUGAUUUCCACUACAAAUAAAAGAAGUCACGAGGAGUUGCUAGUAUCGCAGUAUCCUCGACAAGACAGUCCAUCAGCAGAACAACUGCCGCGGCCUCAACCGCCUGCUAGAUGGCUGCGAGUCUCCUCGUCUGAUGAGAUGCCGUCUCCAAAACUAGACAACGAGUUCGUUGACGUGAUUGACAAGGGAUUAGUCGAUGUGGAAACCGCCAGUGCCGCGUUCGAGCGAUAUGUCACCAAAUUUGCUCCUGGGAUGCCGUUCGUGGUAUUUCCACCUGGAACCACCAUGGGCUAUAUACGCCGAGAGAAACCAAUACUGUUCUUGGCAAUCCUUGCGAUUACUAUCGGACCCUUCAAGAAGGAGAUCCAGCUCAAACUUCUCGACGAUGUCUACCGGCUCAUUGCCGAGCGCAUUAUGGUGAAGGGCGAAAAGUCCCUCGAACUCGUGCAGGCGUUGCAGGUGGUAGCGAUAUGGUACCAACCGCCGGAUAAUACGGAAGAGUUGAAAUUUUACCAGCUCACUCAAUUUGCUGUGAUCAUGGCGAUGGACCUUGGCCUGAAUUGGCGAACGGGCACGGAAGAUAAGGGUCUGAAACGGCUGAAAGAGGUGCUGAUGAGAAAGCCCAUGAGCUCGUCGGUCGACACCAGUAGCCCCGAAGCGAAGCGGACAUGGAUCGGUUGUUAUUUCCUGUCUGUUCAGGUUUCGACUUCAAUGCGACGAGCACAGCUCGUGAGAUGGAAUCCACACAUGGAUGAGUGCAUUCGCACGCUGGAAACCCAUCCCGAUGCCCUACCCUCUGAUAGAACAAUUGUCUGGUGGGCAAGGCUGGGCCGAAUCAUGGAAGAAGCUAGCAUACAGCUCGUAUCAGAUGAUGUACAAAACACAAUGACCUUUGCAGACAGCAAAUUUCGGUAUGCGGUCAAGGGUUUCUCCAACCAAUUGGCUCAGUGGCGAAGAGACAUACCGGAGGACGUUUAUAGUAUGCCGAUGGCCCACACUCAUCAUGUGCUCAAUCUUUUCAUCCACGAGAGUGCGAUGAACGUCGACAGCAGAGACGAUCACCUUGCAAUGUCGUCCGAAUCACCUGGUUCCGCCUCGUUUCACGCGCCACUUAUCGACGCGAUCGGAACAUGUAUUCAUUCAAUCCACAGUGCUUUCGACAUGAUAUGUUCUAUCGAACCGGAAAAGAUCAAUUGUUUGCCAACAAACUCUCUAGCACGAACUACCUUUGUUGUUGUCAGCUUGAUUAAAGUCUAUUCUUUGAUCGUGGCACCAAACUCCCAUCUUGGCCAAGUUAUCGAUCUGGGCAGCCUUCAGAUCGAGUCUUAUUUGGAGAAAAUCAUCUCACAUUACCGUGCUGCUGCUAUACGAGACGGCGGGAGAACUGCAGGCAAGUUCAGCUACAUCAUCAUGAUGCUACGGAAUUGGUUCCUCAAGAAGAGAGGCAAUGAGCCUGCUCUGAGGGAGAUCUUUGGCUCCGAAACCCCGUCCAAGCCUUGUGAGCAAAUAAGAAAGCUUACUCAGCACGAAGCAACACCUCUGCAUCUUCUGAGUGAAGUUGCAAUGGGCAACUCGACCAACAACGCUCCAUCGAAGUCGAACAACACCCGCAGCCCGCACGAAAAUGUACCCUAUCGCCCAUCAACGUACGGCCAUGCUUCCAGCCCCGACCUUAAUCCUCCCUUGUACGCCUCCGCAAAGUCUCUCCAUUCACCAGAUACGAGCAAUCAUUCACCGAGUACAUCCAACCAAGCACCGUCAACAACGACCUGGAAUCCCGUAUCUCCCGUUCAGACCCAAAUUCCCGGAAACCCCGGGUACUACAGCUCGUAUACCGCCCCGGAUCCGAAUCAGGGAUACAACGGGAUUCAAUCGUCUGAUCGACCAAAUCAACUUGGCCUUGGGGAUAUGUCAAGCAUGAAUCUACCCAUGCAGAACCAACUCCAUCUUGAUCCUGGCAUGAGUAUGGACGCAGGCUUGGAUUCAUAUGACUUGUACGUGCUAGGAAACAUGGUUGAUGAGGGACUGUUUCCCUUUCCGUUGACCUUUGACGGAAAUCUCGGCGCGUAUGGAAUGAUGAAUGCGGCCGAGUCGUGA